AUGGAAGGAUUUGAAGUGAGAACAUCCAAUACUAAAAAGGGUAAAGCUUUGUUCGCUACGAAGAAAUUUGAUCAAGGCGAUAUUAUUUUAGAAGAGGAGCCCCUGGUUUCCUGUCAGUUUGCUUGGAACGCGGCCUACAAAUAUUUGGCAUGUGACUACUGUAUGAGGCCAUUAGAAACCCCAGAGCAAAAUGUCCGAAGACUGUCAUGCAAACCAGACAUAGUCCUCCCGCACUCUGAUUGUUUUGAAACUAACUUUGAAGCUAUCACCAGCUGUGAUCAAUGUGGAAUACUAUAUUGCUCCCAAGAGUGCAAACAGAAGGCUUUUGUGGCCUUUCACAGACUGUUGUGUCAUGAUUCCAGUAAUGCGCAACAUCCUAUAGUGGUGCUUCUUGAAGCAUGGAAGCAAAUGCAUUAUCCACCAGAAUCAACAAGUAUAAUGUUACUCGUAAGAAUAUUGGCUUUUAUUGAGCAAAGUGCAGACCCUUCGGCAGCUGCAGCCACAUUCAAACAGUUUUGUCACCGUACAGUGAAUGAGGAUGCAGAAUUGGUUCACAAGCUGUUAGGAGAGCAGUUUGUUGAUCAACUGAAUACAUUGAGAGAAUUAACGGCUAAUGUUAUAAGUGGAGAUCAUGUUCAAGAAUUCCUGACACCAGAAGGCUUCUGCACCCUUAUGGCUCUUGUUGGGACUAAUGGACAAGGAAUCGGCACCAGUCCUCUAGCAAUGUGGGUGAAUGCUGUUCUAGAACUUACCAUGUCUGAUGAUGAGAGACAGCAACUGGAUCUGUUUAUUGAUAAGUUGUAUCAGUAUGUGGAAGAAGAGUCCGGCACUUUCCUGAACACAGAAGGCUCGGGAUUGUUUCAGCUUCAAAGUGCUUGCAAUCACAGCUGUGCGCCUAAUGCUGAGUCGACAUUUCCUUACGGCAAUCACAAAGUGCAGCUGAAAGCGCUGAAGCCGAUCAUGCCGGGCGACGAAAUAUGUAUCAGCUAUCUAGACGAGUGUGCGCUGCAGCGGUCGAGACAUUCGAGACAAAAGGAGCUCGCCCAAAAUUAUCUAUUCGUCUGUUGGUGUGAGCGUUGCAGCUCACAAGCAUCUCAGCCCGACUGCACCAGCGAAGAGGAAAUGAGCGAUGACGACGUUGACGCGGACGACUGA